AUGAACGCAGGGUCCGCACUCCGCUCCGGCCUGCCGGCUGCCCGGGGACUGUACGAUCCUCGCUACGAGCAUGAUAGCUGUGGCGUCGGCUUCGUGUGCGACAUCAAGGGGCGAGCGAGCCGCGCCAUCCUCGACGACGCGAACCAGAUAAACUGUCGUCUCGGGCACCGAGGCGGGAUCGGCUGCGAACCGGACACCGGCGACGGCGCGGGGCUCCUGACCGGGCUACCGCACCGGCUCCUGGCCCGGGUGGCGCGAGAGCAGCUGGGGACAUCCCUCCCCGCUCCCGGCAGCUAUGGGGUCGGACUCGUCUUUCUCCCGCGCGAACGACGCGAACGACAGAUCUGCAAGGAGCGCACCGAGGCCAUCAUCGGCGGGCAGGGACAGCAUUGCUUGGGAUGGCGGAGGCUGCCCUACAGUGCCGAACGCGCGGGACUCACCAAGACCGCGCUCGCGUCGAUGCCCCAUCUGGAGCAGCUCUUCGUCGGCGCGGCCGAGGGGCUGUCCAGCAGCGCGUUCGAGCGCCAGCUCUACACGAUCCGGAAGUAUGCCAGCCACUGUUUGCGGGGCGAUCCGCGUCUCUCGGGGCGGGAACUCCCAUAUUUCUGCUCGCUCUCCGCCAACACGCUCAUCUACAAGGGCAUGCUGACGCCGUAUCAGCUCUUCGAGUUCUUCGACGAUCUGCGCUGCGAAGACUACGAGUCCCAUAUGGCGAUGGUGCAUUCGCGCUUCUCCACGAACACGUUCCCGUCGUGGGACCGGGCCCAGCCCAAUCGCUACAUGAGCCACAACGGCGAGAUCAAUACGCUGCUGGCCAACUGCAACUGGAUGAACGCGCGCGAAGGCGUCAUGCGCUCGCAACUGUUCGGCGAGGAUCUGCAAAAGCUGUUUCCCAUCAUCGAGCCCAACUGCUCGGACUCGGGCAGCUUCGACAACGUGCUCGAGUUCCUCCUCAUGACGGGGCGCAGCCUGCCGGAGUCGAUCAUGACCAUGAUCCCGGAGGCGUGGCAGCAGCGGCCCGACAUGCCGGCCGAGAAGCGCGCCUUCUACGAGUUCCAGUCGUGCCUGAUGGAGCCAUGGGACGGUCCGGCCCUCAUCCCCUUCACCGACGGCCACUGCAUCGGGGCCGUGCUGGACCGCAACGGACUGCGGCCGAGCCGGUACUACGUGACCGACGAAGACCGGUGCGUCAUGGCCUCCGAGGUGGGCGUGCUGCCGGUGGCGCCCGAGCGGGUGGUGCAGAAGGGCCGGCUGCAUCCGGGGCGGCUCUUCCUGAUCGACUUCGAUGCCGGCGCCUGGUGCCGGACCACGAGAUCAAGGCGGAGUGGGCGCGGCAGCGGCCCGUACGGAAAAUGGCUGGCGCGACAGCGGGUGGAGCUCGCAGAGGCAGAGGAUCCGCGGGGCUACGAGGCAUCCACCGUGCUCGCGCGCAUGCAGGCUUUCGGAUAUACCGAGGAGACCCUGCAGUUCAUGCUCCUGAGCCUGGUGCGCGACCGGCGCGACCCGCUCGGGUCCAUGGGCAACGACGUGGAGCUGCCGGCGCUGUCUGACCAGCCGCGCAUGCUCUACGACUACUUCAAGCAGCGCUUCGCGCAGGUGACGAAUCCCGCCAUCGAUUCGAUUCGCGAGGAAGUCGUCAUGUCGCUGGAGUGCUACAUCGGGCCCGAGGGCAACCUGCUGGAGGUCACGGAGGAGCACGCGCACCGGCUGCGUCUGCCCCACCCGAUUCUCUCCAACCGGCAGUUCGCCGGUCUGUCACGCCUGGAGAACCGCGGCUGGCGUCGUCGGACCCUGGAGACCACCUUCGCGCGCGGCUCCGGGAAACGGGGCCUGAUCGACGCCCUUUCGCGCAUCGAGCGGGAAGCCAGCCGGGCCGUGGAGGAAGGAAUCCGCGUGCUCGUGCUCUCCGACCGCGCGAUCGGCCCCGACCGUCUUCCCAUCAGUUCCCUGCUCGCCCUCGGCUGCGUUCACCACCAUCUGGUUCGCACCCACCAGCGUUCGCGCAUCGCCCUGAUCGUGGAAACCGGGGAGGCACGCGAAGUGCACCACCACUGCCUGCUCGUCGGCUACGGGGCGGACGCCAUCAACCCCUAUCUCGCCUUCGAGUCGCUGUGGCACGUCCGGCGCACCGGGCGGAUGGACAGCUUCGACCACAUCCGCUCCGACGACGACGUGGUCGCCGCCUACCGCAAGGGCGUCGGCAAGGGCAUCCUCAAGGUGAUGGCCAAGAUGGGCAUCUCGACCCUGCAGUCUUACAAGGGGGCGCAGAUCUUCGAGGCGGUCGGGCUGGGGCCGGAGGUGGUCAACCGCUGCUUCACCGACACGGAGAGCCGCGUGGGCGGGAUCGGGUUCGGCGUGCUGGCCGAAGAGAUCGCGCGCCGUCACGAGCUGGGUUUCGGGGGCGGGGCGCACGGCAACGGUCGCACGCUGCCCAAUCCGGGGGAUUUCCACUGGCGCAAGGGCGGGGCGCGCCACAUGUGGGACCCGGCUUCCGUUCGCGGACUGCGGGUUGCCGCACGCACCAAUUCCGAGGACGCCUACCGGAGCUUCGCCCAUCACGCCAACGACGAGAACACCCGCAAGGCCACCCUGCGCGGUCUGCUCGAAUUCGAUCUUCCGGGCGCCCCCGUGCCUCUCGAUCAGGUCGAGCCCGAAGCCGAGAUCGUGAAGCGCUUCGCCACCGGCGCCAUGAGCUUCGGCUCCAUCUCCCGGGAGGCCCACGAGUCGCUCGCGCUGGCCAUGAACCGCAUCGGCGCCAAGUCCAAUUCGGGCGAAGGCGGAGAGGACGCGGCCCGCAACGUCCCCGACCCGGACGGGGGCCUGCGCCGCUCCGCGAUCAAGCAGGUGGCCAGCGGACGCUCCGGGGUGACGAUCGCGUAUCUCACCGCAGCCGACGAGCUGCAGAUCAAGAUCGUGCAGGCGGCCAAACCCGGGGAGGGCGGCGAGCUUCCGGGCCGCAAGGUGGACGACUAUAUCGCGUCGAUCCGGCAUUCGACCCCGGGCGUGGGGCUGAUCAGUCCGCCCCCCCACCACGAUAUCUACUCCAUCGAGGACAUCGCGCAGCUCAUCCACGACCUCAAGAACGCCAACCCGCUGGCGCGCAUCAGCGUGAAGCUGUGCGCCGAGGUUGGCGUGGGCACGGUCGCCGCCGGAGUGGUCAAGGCACGCGCCGAACACCUGGUGAUCUCGGGCGACAGCGGAGGCACGGGCGCCUCUCCCCUCACCUCCAUCAAGCACGCGGGCAUGCCCUGGGAGAUCGGGAUCGCCGAAGUCCAUCAGACGCUGGUGAUGAACAACCUGCGCUCAAGGGUCGUCCUUCAGACCGACGGGCAGCUCAAGACGGGCCGGGACGUAGCCAUCGCCGCGUUCCUGGGUGCGGAGGAGUUCGGCUUCUCCACCGCCCCGCUGAUCACGCUGGGCUGCGUCAUGAUGCGCAAGUGCCACCUGAACACAUGCCCGGUGGGUGUGGCGACCCAGGACCCGGAACUACGCAAGAAGUUUUCCGGCAAGCCGGAAUACGUGAUCAACUACCUGUUCAUGGUCGCGCGCGAACUCCGGGAGAUCAUGGCGCGCCUGGGCUUCCGCACCGUGAACGAGAUGAUCGGCCGCGUGGACGCGCUGAGAGCCGCGCCCCUGCCCGGCCACUGGAAGGCGAGGAGCCUCAAUGUGGACGCGCUCCUGAUGCCGGCACUGGAGCCGCCCGACUGCCUGGGCGUCUACCGCCGGCACGAUCAGGACCACGGCCUCGAGGGAGCCCUCGACCACAGGCUCAUCCGCCUGGCGCGGCCGGCCAUCGCGGAAGGCAGACCGGUACGCCACGACAUGCUCAUCUCCAACGGGCACCGGGUGGUCGGCGGCAUGCUGUCCAAUCACAUCAUCCGCGAGGUCGGGCCGGGCAUGCUGCCCGAAGGCUCCAUUCAUUUCCGUUUCCGCGGGAGCGCGGGCCAGAGCUUCGGCGCCUGGCUCGCGCGCGGGGUGACGCUCGAAGUGGAGGGCGAUGCCAACGACUACGUCGGCAAGGGGCUUUCCGGAGGCAGGAUCAUCAUCUAUCCGCCCCGGGCGUCCCGCUUCAAGGCGGAGGAGAACAUUCUGGUCGGCAACGUCGUGUUCUACGGCGCCACCAGCGGAGAGGGCUUCUUCCGGGGCAUCGCGGCCGAGCGGUUCUGCGUGCGCAACAGUGGCGCUACGGCGGUGGUGGAGGGCAUUGGCGACCAUGGCUGCGAGUACAUGACCGGAGGCCGGGUCGUGGUUCUGGGCGAGACCGGGAUCAACUUCGCCGCCGGCAUGUCGGGGGGGCUUGCCUACGUCCGGGAUCCGCACCAGACCUUCGAGCGCCGCUGCAACAUGGAUCUGGUCGUGCUCGAGCGGCUCUCCGACCCAGAGGAGCGAGAGGAAGUCCGCCGCCUGAUCGAACGCCACCAGGCGUACACCGGCUCCACCGUGGCGGCCGGAAUCCUCGCCGACUGGAGCGCCAGCCACCGCGAGUUCGUCAGGGUGGUGCCCAUCGACUACAAGCGGGCCGUGGAGCAGCGGGCGGCGACCAACGGAGCCCGUCGCUUGCCCAACGCGGCCCGCACCUGA